AUGGGGACCAUACGCUUCGAGAAUCAAACCAUAUCGAUUUAUCAAGAUCUAUCCAGAUACACCCUACAAGCCAGAAGGGCCCUACGUCCAGUAACAUCUGCCCUGCAACAGGCAGGAAUACCGUACCGCUGGGGCUACCCAUUCUCACUCUCAGCAAGACACAGCCUGGAUCAACUAGUGGUGAGGAGACCAAGUGACCUCCCAGGAUUCAUUCGAGCCAUGGGCAUCCCACCGCUUCAAGUACCAGACUGGCUGGUGAGAUCUUUUCUCCAACCACCGCCUGGACCGCAACAACCAUGCAGACCAGACCAGGGUCCUCCAAGACUCCAGCAACAGCGACGCAGAGACUGGAACCCGAGUCCGGCACAACGGGAGCAGGAGCACUAA